AUGAAUAUUCAGCCAAAUCUUUUAUUUGAUGACGACGAUGACGAAAAAUUAGAGUUUAUUAAUUAUCGUCGAAGACCUUACACGGUACGAGAUAGAAUUAAUCAUAUGAUAAAAUGGGAUGAUCAUGAUUUUAGGAUAAGGUUUAGACUUUCUAAAGUUGUUGUUGAACAAGUUUUAGAAUUAAUAACGGACAAUAUAUCUGUAGAAAACCAAUGGAAUUGUGCAAUAGCACCCAUAGACAAAUUAUUAUUGACACUGCGAUUCUAUGCAACAGGAAGUUUUCUUAUUACUGCUGGUGACUUUCUCGGUGUUAGUAAAUCUUCUGCAUGUGUAAUUGUUCGUACUGUUAGCACAGCUAUUGCAAGCCUAUGUCAUCAAUUUAUUCGUAUGCCAACUACAGAUGAAGAAGUGUAUACAUUACAGAGAUGUUUUUACAAAAUUGCUAGAUUUCCGAGAGCUAUAGGUGCAAUAGAUUGCACACAUAUUCGAAUUCAAAGCCCAGGAGGUCAUAAUGCUGAGUAUUUUCGAAACCGAAAAGGAUAUUUUUCAUUGAACGUCCAAACAGUUGUUUCGCCUGAUUUAAAAAUAAUGGACAUUGUAGCUCGCUGGCCAGGAUCUUGCCAUGAUCAAACAAUUUUCAAAAAUUCAAAUAUUUACAGUCAAUUGGUUAAUGGUAAAUGGGGAAAUAGCUUAAUUGUUGCAGAUAGUGGAUAUAAAAACACCAGUCAUAUUGUGACUCCUUUUAUAAAUCCAAGGGGAAAUAUUGAAGAGCUGUACAAUGAGUCAAUAAUUAGAACCAGAAAUCCAGUAGAAAGAACAUAUGGAGUUCUUAAACGUAGAUUCCCAAUUUUAUCUCUUGGUCUACGCUUGAAGCUAACUACAUCACAAGCUAUAAUUGUUGCUUGUUCUAUAUUACAUAAUAUUGCAUGCGAUAACAAUGAUUUAGAAGCCCCUGAUCUCAUAGACAUAGUAUUACCACCAAAUGAAAUAAUCAAUGUUAAUCAUGAAGUAAUAGAUGAAGAAGGUUGUGCAAGACAACAAUUGAUAAGAGAGUAUUUCUUUAGACUAUAA